CCUUGGAGGUAAGAGUCCCCGGCCUAGGGCUGCUCCUCCAGGCUCCCAGAAGUCUCAGGUCAGAGGGCUCAGGCAACCGCUGGAGCUCUUGUCCGCUGGGACCAUGGACUGGCAACAGUUGUGGCUGGCCUUCUUACUUCCCAUGACAGUCUCAGGCCGGGCUCUGGGGCCUACAGAGAAGGAGGCAGUCUUGGAUUACCUGUUGCAGUAUGGGUAUCUACAGAAGCCUCUGGAAGGAGCUGAUGACUUCAGGCUGGAAGAUAUCACAGAGGCCCUAAGAGCUUUCCAGGAAGCAUCCCAGCUGCCAGUUUCAGGUCAGAUGGAUGAUGACACAAGGGCCCGCAUGAAGCAGCCCCGUUGUGGUCUGGAGGAUCCCUUCAACCAGAAGACCCUUAAAUACCUGCUUCUGGGCCGCUGGAGAAAGAAGCAUUUGACAUACCGCGUCUUGAACCUGCCCUCCACCCUCUUACCCUCCAGAGCUCGGGCAGCCCUGCAUCAGGCCUUCAAGUACUGGAGCAGCGUGGCCCCCCUGACCUUCCGGGAGGUGAAGGCUGGUUGGGCUGAUAUCCGCCUCUCAUUCCAUGGCCGCCAAAGCCCAUACUGCUCCAACACCUUUGACGGGCCUGGAAAGGUCCUGGCCCAUGCUGAUAUCCCAGAGCUCGGCAGUGUACACUUCGAUAAAGAUGAAUUCUGGACUGAGGGGACCUACCAAGGAGUGAACCUGCGCAUCAUCGCAGCCCAUGAAGUGGGCCAUGCCUUGGGACUUGGGCACUCCCGAUACACUCAGGCACUUAUGGCUCCUGUCUACGCUGGCUACCAGCCCUACUUCAGGCUGCACCCAGAUGAUGUAGCAGGGAUCCAGGCUCUCUAUGGCAAGAAGAGCCCAGACACAGAGGAUGAGGAGGAAGAGAUUUCCACUGUGUCACCAGUGACCACGAAACCCAGUCCCAUGCCAAACCCCUGCAGCAGUGAACUGGAUGCCACAAUGCUGGGACCCCGUGGGAAGACCUAUGCUUUCAAGGGGGACUACGUGUGGACUGUAACAGAUUCAGGUCCGGGCCCCUUGUUCCGAGUGUCUGCUCUUUGGGAGGGGCUCCCUGGAAACCUAGAUGCUGCCGUCUACUCUCCUAGAACAGGAUGGAUCCAUUUCUUCAAGGGAAACAAGGUGUGGCGGUACGUGGGUUUCAAGAUGUCUCCUGGCUUUCCCAUGAAACUCAACAGAGUAGAACCCAACCUGGAUGCAGCGCUCUAUUGGCCUGUUAAUAAAAAGGUGUUCCUUUUUAAGGGCUCAGGAUACUGGCAAUGGGACGAGCUGGCCAGCACUGACUUCAGCCGCUACCCCAAACCAAUCAAGGAAUUGUUUACUGGAGUGCCAGACCAACCCUCAGCAGCUAUGAGCGGGCAAGACGGCCAAGUCUACUUCUUCAAGGGCAAAGACUACUGGCGUCUUAACCAGCAGCUUCGAGUGGCAAAGGGCUAUCCCAGAAAUAUCACACACUGGAUGCACUGCCGUCCUCAGUCUCCAGACACUAACUCGCUAACUGGGGACACUACUCCCCCCACCACAGACACCAUCUUGGAUACCACUCCCUCAACCAUGGACUCAAUCUUGGACAUGACUCCCUCAACUACAGACUCUGCCACCCUUUCAUCCCCCACUAAUGUCACCCCGCUAGGGGCCUAAGAACUAAUCAAUGUUAUCUGCUCACUAGGAUUGUGCAGAUGUUAUAGCAUUGGCCCUAGCCAUAGACCUCAUGCCCCUAAAUAUUCCAAUUCUGGACACCAUUUUCCUGUGCUCCUAGAAGAUGCCCCCUUAAUUCUGAAUUAGUCCCAAAUUCCCAUUUUUCCUUGUCAUAUAGCUCUUUCAAGUGUGCCAUCUAUUCUCUGGUGGAGGGAAAUUGUCGAUCAGGGUUUUGGUUGUUUUUUUUUUUUUUUUUUUUUUGAACAAGGUCUCUCUCUACAUAGCACUGGCUAUGGCUAUCCUGAAAUAUUCUAUGUAGACCAGGCUGGCCUCAGACUCACAGAGAUCCACCUGCCUCUGCCUCCUGAGUGCUGGGAUUAAAGGCAUGUGCCACCAUGCCUGGAUAGCAUUCUUUUAUUUUUAUUUUUUAUUUUUUAUUUUUUUUUUUGGUUUUUUCCGAGACAGGGUUUCUCUGUGUAGCUUUGCGCCUUUCCUGGAAUUCGCUUUGGAGACAUUCUUUUAUUUUUAUUUUUGUGUGCAUUCGUGUUUUGCUGCAUGUGUGCCCAUGUGAGGGUGUCAGAUCCUCUGGAACUGGAGUUACAGAUGGGUGUGAGCUGCCAUGUGGGUGCUGGGAAUUGAAACCAGGUCCUUUGGAAGAGCAGCCAGUGCUCUUCACUGCUGAGCCAUCUCUCCAGCCCCUGUGUUCUGUGUUUUUUUUUUUUUUUUUUUUUAAAGAAUUUAAGGCACUGUGACCAUGCCUGGCUGUCAGUUGGGUCCUUAGCUGACAGGAGGCAGUGGCUGGGCCACUGGAUGCCUGGGUUCUGUUCUUCCCACCUAAACCGAAGAAACAGCACAGCAGGUAAACUGAGCAAGGGCUUUGGAAUCCUUGAGCCACUGGACGGUGGCUUUCAGCAAGUUAAUUACCCUUGUAAAGCCUUGGAUUCUCUAUUAACAAAAUAAGGUUAAUAUCAAUGUUACAGGGUUGCUAUGUUAUAUGAAAUACUAUAUGUGAAGUGUCUGACGGGUCUGACACAUUUGUAUUUAAUAAAGGCUAAC